CUAUAGGUCCGUACAUAAGAUCUCUGGGUGGGAAAAUGGACGAUUUGUUUUUGGAAAAGCCGUCAUUUUCUUAUACAGAGAAGAGGGAAAAAUUAGUUGUUUUUUAAAAAAGAAACGUAUUUUUAAACCAUCAACUAUCCAGUUCUGGUGGUUGCUUCUGUAUCUGGAAGUUGGCCAGCUUUCUGAAGCAUUAAAAAAUCAAGCAAGAGAGAGAUUAAGAAACGGCAUGACUCAUGAGAAAUGAGAGGGAUCGCAUAAAUGGUAAUAUUGCAUGCUUUGUCGGCCAUUUUUGCAUUUUAUCUCUCUUCCUUUUUCUUCUGAAUCACAUAAAUUCUUUUCAAUACUCUAUAUGAUUAUGUCUUUUUUAAACAAAUUUAACAGAUGGGUCUUUUAGUCUUACCCUUUAUGAUUACACAAAGUUCCUUUUUCUUAAGUAUAUUCAAUUUCAGAUAAAAAUUUGAGUGACAUUUCAUCAAAGUCAAAUACUUGCCUGCCUAAAUCUUUUGUGGGAAAGUUGAAAACUUUUUUAGGAAAAAAGUUUCUUUUCUAUAAUUCUCAUUGUUUCUGACUUUUGUUUCAGUUUGAAGGUAUGCAAACUUUCUUCCUUUUUCUUCACCAUUGACUUCCUUAUCAAUGAACAAUUACCUCCAAUUCUGCAAUUUAUUUGCAGAAUUUUUUCUUUUUGUUGGAUUGGGGUAGUUUAAUUUGGUAUUUUGGGUGUGUAUAUAUAUGAUAAUCUUGCCUUUUUGUAGUCUUUAUGUAAAAAAAACAAUCCUCUUUCUUUUUCAUUUUCUGGGUGAUUGAGAUUUGGGGUGCAUUGAUUUUGGGGUUUUAAAGGCUAAUUUUGAGAUGGGUAGGCUUAAUUUGGCAAUGAGUUUAUCAUAUUGUAAGUUUUUGAGGGUGUUUCUUGUUGUGUAUAUUCUUUUGUGGGAUCAAGCAAAAGGCCUUAAUUUGGAGGGUCAGUACCUUUUAGAUGUGAAAAGUAGUUUGGUAGAUAAGUUUGAUAAUUUGGGUAAUUGGAAUCCAUUGGACCUAACCCCCUGUAAAUGGAGAGGUGUGAGCUGUAGUAAUGAUAGUAAUCCAGUUGUGGAGUCUCUUGAUUUGAGCAGAAUGGAUUUAUCUGGCUUUCUAUCUUCUAGUAUUGGUGGGUUAGUUUACUUGAUUGAUCUUGAUCUUUCCUUUAAUGGGUUGUCUAAAAAUAUACCCAAAGAGAUUGGAAAUUGCUCCAAUCUUCAAUCUCUUUCUCUGCAAAACAAUCAUCUUGAAGGGCACAUCCCUCAGGAGUUGGGCAAACUUUCAGCCUUGACCUAUUUGAAUAUCUGCAACAAUAAGCUUUCUGGGCCUCUUCCUGAAGUGCUUGGGAAUCUUUCUUCUUUGUUAGAGUUUGUGGCAUACACCAACAGUUUCAGCGGCGUGCUGCCUCAUUCGAUAGGGAAGCUGAAGAAGUUGAGGAAAUUUAGAGUAGGACAGAACUUCAUUACUGGUAGCAUACCUGCAGAGAUAGGUGGAUGUGAGAGCAUGGAGUUAUUUGGUCUUGCUCAAAAUCACUUGAGUGGCAACAUCCCUAAAGAGCUCAGUUUGCUGACUAACUUGACUGAAAUCAUUCUGUGGGAUAAUCAGCUUUCAGGGACUAUCCCAAAGGAGCUUGCAAACUGCACUUAUUUGCAAACUCUUGCGCUCUAUCAGAACAAUCUUGUGGGUGAAAUACCUAAGGAGCUUAUGUACCUCAAGUUCCUUAAUAGUCUAUACCUUUACAGAAAUGCUCUGAAUGGUACAAUCCCAAGAGAGAUUGGGAGUCUUUCUUCAGGAAUGCAAAUUGAUUUUUCAGAGAACCUUUUGACCGGAGAAAUUCCUGCAGAGAUCGGUAUGAUAGAAGGGUUGGAAUUGCUCUAUCUUUUUGAGAACCAGCUGACUGGUGUGAUCCCCAAAGAGCUUACCUACUUGAGAAAUCUCAGUAAAGUGGACCUCUCCAUAAAUUAUCUGACAGGUACAAUUCCUGUAGGAUUUCAGUAUCUGCCUCACCUCCUGAUGUUGCAGCUCUUCAACAAUUCUCUUAGAGGUACAAUUCCUCAAGAGCUUGGGUUACGUAGUCCUUUGUGGGUUCUUGAUGUCUCUUCGAAUAAUCUGACUGGAAGAAUCCCUAGGAAUCUUUGCAGAAACUUUAACCUGAUAUUGUUAAAUCUGGGCUCAAAUCGGCUUUCUGGAAAUAUCCCAUCUGACACCAUCAGCUGCAUACCACUGGUGCAGCUUCGCCUGUAUGAUAAUCGUUUUACUGGGAGUUUUCCAUCUGAUCUUUGCAAGUUGGUGAACCUUACUUCUGUUGAAUUGGGAGUAAACGAUCUAAGUGGCCCUAUCCCACCCGAAAUUGGGAACUGCAGAAAGCUACAAAGGCUUCUCCUGUCACACAACCACUUUACAUCAGCUUUGCCUGCAGAAAUUGGCCAACUUUCGGAGUUGGUGGCGUUUAAUGUCUCAUCAAACUCACUGAGUGGACCCGUACCAUCUGAUAUCUUCAAAUGCAGUUUGCUACAACGUGUUGAUCUCAGCAGUAACAAUUUUGUAGGUACUUUGCCUGAUAAGGUCGGAAGUCUCUCUCAUUUGGAGCUUCUCAAGCUCUCUGACAACAGGCUCUCUGGGGAAAUACCUGGAGUUAUAGGGAACCUCUCUCGUUUAACUGACUUGCAGAUGGGUGGAAACUUGUUUUCUGGAGAAAUUCCACCAGAGUUGGGUAGGUUAUCAAGCCUGCAAAUUGGUCUGAAUAUUAGCUACAAUAAUCUAUCAGGGAAAAUCCCAUCUGAGCUGGGGAAUCUAGCAUUACUUGAAUAUCUCUACAUCAACAACAACCAGUUAGUUGGUCAAAUUCCUAGCUCAUUCCAGGGACUAUCAAGCUUACUAGGAUGCAACUUUUCUUACAACGACCUCAGUGGUCCAAUACCUACACUGCCUGCUUCUCAGGGUGUAACUCUUUCCAGUUUUGCCGGUAACAAGGGUCUGUGCGGUGGUCCCCUUGGUGCUUGCAGCAACUUUGACUCUCCACUCUCUCUUCCUGAAAAUGGAAAGGGAAGUUUCCGUCGUGGUAAAAUUAUUGCUAUAAGUUGUGCUGUUAUAGGUGGUGUUUCUCUUUUCUUCAUCGUGGUGAUUUUAUACUUGAUGACUCGCCCAGUUGACAUAGUUACUCCACUGCAAGAUAGUAAGUCGUUCAAUGAUCUAGCUUCAGAUAUGUACUUCUUUCCAAAGGAAGGAUUCACUUUUGAAGACCUUAUUACAGCCACUGAUGAUUUUGAUGGGAGGUUUGUGAUCGGUAGUGGAGCUUGUGGUACAGUGUACAAAGCAGUUUUGCCUUCUGGUGUAACUUUUGCUGUAAAAAAGGUGGCUUCUAAUAAGGAAGACGAAAGCAUCAAUGAUAGCUUUAGGACUGAAAUAACAACUUUAGGGAAAAUAAGGCAUCGGAAUAUUGUAAAGUUGCAUGGCUUCUACUUUCAUGAGGGUGCCAAUGUCCUUCUUUAUGAGUUCAUGCCAAGGGGUAGUCUUGGAGAGCUUCUUCAUGGGCAAUCUUGUAAUCUUGACUGGCAAACACGGUUUCUCAUUGCCUUUGGAGCUGCACAAGGCCUCUCGUAUUUGCACCAUGAUUGUAAGCCUCAAAUUGUUCAUCGCGAUAUCAAAUCCAACAACAUACUACUAGAUGAAAAUUUCGAGUCUCAUGUUGGAGAUUUUGGCUUGGCGAAAGUAAUUGACAUGCCAUUUUCUAAGUCGGUUUCUGCUGUUGCUGGUUCAUAUGGAUACAUUGCUCCUGAAUAUGCAUACACCAUGAAAAUCACCGAAAAAUGUGACAUAUAUAGUUACGGGGUGGUAAUGCUGGAGUUGUUGACAGGAAAAACACCCGUACAGCCAGUAGACGAAGGGGGUGAUCUUGUUUCAUGGGUCAGAAACUACAUCAAGAAGAACGCGUUAUCAAGUGGUAUUUUUGACACUAGAUUAAACUUACAAAAUGAGAGCAUUGUUGCUCAUAUGACCAUGGUCUUAAAAAUUGCUUUGUUGUGUACUAGUAUGUCUCCUCAUGAUCGCCCCACAAUGCGGGCUGUCGUGUCGAUGCUCAUUGAUUCUAAUCAACAGGAAGGCCACUAUAAUCUCUUCCCAAGUAGGGAUGUGAGUUAUAAAGAUGAGCCAUUACAGUAGUUUUUGAAUUUUUUUUUUGUUCAGAUUCUCUUUUGUAUCUAUGAAAUCAAUAGUAGUUAUAGGCUUUUAGCAGGGAAGUAUAUCUUUGUAUCAUUGACAAUAAGCGGCUUAAGCUAUAUAUAAAGCUUGUAUAUAUAUGAAAUAAUGAGGUUCAUAUUGCUUGAA